AUGCCUCCAGCUAGGGAACCUUCCAGUAGGAAACUUCGAAACCUACGCCUGAUUGCCUCCAAGCGGACCUUUCUAAUAUUCAUCGUCGGUCCUACCAUAUCCUUUGCCUGGCUCCUCUUCGCUUUCACCUACGGACUGCGACUGAUUAUGCCUACAUCUAUGCCAUAUAAAGUACUAGGCCCCCUCAUUAUGGCCUACCCACUCUGCACCCUUCUCGUACAAGUUCAAGAAGGAGAAGCAAUCGCGGCUAGGUUAUCCGAGGCGGGAUAUCGUCAGGUAUGGGAUACAGCGGGCGUACUCGAUCUCUCGCUGGACUGCGCUAUCAUCGUCGCUAUCUACUAUUGGAUAAUUAAUCUGAAGGGCUCGGAUGAUGAUGAUGAUAAUCCGAAUUUGAUAUACGUUAUGUUAUUUCUGAGCUAUGUGCUCUUGGUUGGAGGAUCAUGUCUCGUAUCUCUUGGGCCGGUUAUCUGGUUCACGACAGAGGCUCAGAGGGAUCUUACUUAG